CGUAGGCAUUCAUGCUGUGACACAGAGUAAGUAGAAUUUGAGGAGAAAGGUAUGACAAGUAGUGAUGUUAUUAUGGAUAAUGUUUCUGUUGUAAGAAUUUUCAUUCUAUCAGGGUUGAACAAGACAAAUGAUUACAGAGUAACACUCUUUACAUUCACUUUACUGUAUUACUGUAUGAUUUUGUUUUUCAAUAUUUCUAUCAUCAUGAUUAUUGUCUUGGAUGCAACUUUACAUGAACCAAUGUACAUUUUAUUGUGUAGUUUUUGCAUGAAUGGUCUUUAUGGGACCACGGGUUUCUACCCCAAGUUCCUCUUAGAUCUGUUUUCUUCCUCUCAUCAGAUUUCCUAUGAAUGGUGCCUUUUACAGGCUUUUGUCAUGAAUUCAUAUGCUUGCUGUGAAUUAUCCAUCCUAGCAGUUAUGGCAUUCGACAGAUAUCUGGCUAUAUGUCGACCUCUUCACUACCAGUCUGUCAUGACAAAGAGGAAGGUCUCUCAGCUGAUAUGUUUCUCCUGGUUCACACCUUUCUGCAUCCUUUCCAUUAAUAUUCUGAUGACGUCCAGACUGAAGUUAUGUGGUGUAAACAUAUACAGACUGUUUUGUGUGAACUGGGUAAUUCUUAAACUUGCUUGCAAUGAAACUGACACCUUUUCAAACAACAUAACUGCAUAUUUUACAAUUAUCUUUUAUAUGUCUCAUGGACCAUUCAUCAUUUGGACUUAUAUGCAUCUUAUAAGAACGUGUGUGAAGUCCAAAGAUGACAGAGUGAGGUUUAUGCAGACGUGUGUGCCUCAUUUAGUCUCUUUAGUCACGUUCAUUGUGGCAGUUCUUUUUGAUUUUAUGCAUAAGCAAUUUGGCUUAACAGAUUUACCUCAGAGCUUUCAGAACUUCAUCGCUAUGGAAUUCUUCCUCAUUCCUCCAGUGAUGAAUCCUCUAGUUUAUGGAUUUAAAUUGACGAAGAUACGAAACAGAAUUUUAUGUUUCUUUUUUUUUUCCGAAAGAAAUUACCGUCAUUAGGUCCAAUCUGAAUCUAAUGUGAGAAAGAAAUGAACAUGAUGGGUUUUUUUCAGUCAAGAUCAAUCAAUCAAUUAAUCAAGAUGUAUGCAGAAUAUCUCAUACUGCUCUACAUGAUGAAUACAACUCUCUGCAUGUUGACUAACAAAGCAUUUCAAUUUUCAGUGUGUUUGCGUUUGUUGAAGCUAUAUCUUGUAGAUAUAACUGCUAUGUAUAUAAAUCGUAUGCUGCAUGCAACAUAUAUGACCAAAUGGACAUUUAAAAUUAUUGUUGAUGCACAUAUUGCAAUUAUUGUAAACCAGAAAUGAAUGCAGACAUUUCAAGGGUUAAAAAUAUAAAGUGCAUAUGAGUGUCAUGGACCCACACUCACGUUUUUACAGAAAAUUAAAUUGAAAAAAGGACAUAAACUGUUGCACUUUGUAACAGAAUCAACCCACCUAAGGACAUGGAUUGCUUAAUCUAUUGACUCACACAACUAAGUGCUCCCAGAAGAGCGCAGAUCUGAAACAGGUGUGAUUGCAUCAAGCAUGUCUUCAAAAUUGAACGUAUACAAAUUACACUUGUCUAACUUCUUGUCUAGGCAGCAGCCGUUGCAUGAUUUUACUCAAGCGUUUCACCCAACAUACACUCUCUUUUUUUUAUCCAUGCAGCUUUCUGCACCAGCUUUCUGCAGGCUCAAGUCUCAUCUGUGCCUGUUGAGGCCUUAAGCGCUUUUUCUUGUAGUCUACCUUUACACACAAGGUUAAUGAUCAUUCAAAAGGCAUUGAAUAAAUAUGUUCAUCCACAUUAUAAAUCCUCUCUCUUCAGAUUAACUUGACAUAACUCUUCCUUUUUCAUUGUUUUGCAUUUGAAAAUAAAGUACUUCAAACAUUAAAGAUGUCUGUCACGUUUGGUUCGAGUAUGAUAUC